AUCGACCGUGCUGCGCUCUGACUCUCCGCCACCACCUGGCACGGCUAGGUUCCUAGAACGGUCUUGGCCAGUGUUUGCUCAGACUCAUCAACAUGCCCCUCAGAGUCGGUUACGUUCGGGAACACUUCUCCUCUCCGUUGCUGCAGUACGCCGAGGCAGACGGAGGCAAGACUUUCACGCUUGUAGAGUGCCCAAGCGGGACUGGUCAGGUCAUCACACGUUUGACCAACGACGAGAUCGACGUUGCGGUUGCAUUGACAGACCCUCUAAUUUCUGGCAUAGCCAGAGGGUCGCAGCACUACAAGCUCGUGGGCAGCUACGUCACGACGCCGCUAAAUUGGGCCGUCAUCACCGGGAAGGACACCCAGUACAAGGGAAUUCCGGAUCUGCAGGGAACGUCCAUCGGCAUCUCGAGAUACGGAAGUGGGAGCCAGACCAUGGCGUACGUCAUGGCCCUUCAACAGGACUGGCCGACGGACAAGAUGCAGUUCCAAGUGAACAAUGAUAUCCGCGGCCUCAUCAGCUCGGUCAACGAUGGCACGACCAGCGCAUUCAUGUGGGAGUGGUUCACCACCAAGCCCUUCGUCGACGCCGGCGAGGCGCGCUUCAUUGGAUCUGUGCCAACUCCCUGGCCCUCCUGGUUGAUCGCCGCGCACCCCACGCGAGCCUCGUCGGAAGCUCUGCGCACGUUCCUAGACACCCUGACCAUCUACGUCCGCACGUUCGACGACCCCGCCCAGCGUGAGGCUGCGGACGUCGAGUUUAUCAAGGACAAGUUUAGGUACCCGGAGGAGGACGUCAAGGCCUGGCUGAAGACCGUUGCAUGGUCACACGACUGCGGCAGCAUCCCGACGGAAGUGAUCACGAACACUCUCGAUGUGCUCACCAAGACAGGCUUCAUCAACAGCCCCGGGAGCGGCUUCGACGUCGCACAGUUCGUCAACACCGACGUCGCCAGGCUCGCGUGAACAUCCACACCACCGGGAAUAGGCGGAAUCUACUAUGUACUAGUACAGCAGGGAGACAAUAUGAGAAUUUACCGCUGAGGCCUGUAUCCCUAGCAAGGUCGUGGUGAAGUAUGUAGAUGG